ACAACAUAUUCCGAAAAUACCCGACUGAUCAGACGGAAGCUGUAUUUGCUAGAGAAGCUCUUGAAGGAUAGAAAUGGAAAUCUAUGCAGCGGCAGCGAAUGCCGGAGAGGGGUGCUUCUGUAACUCAUCAGUCUUCGGCGAGGGAGUAGCCUUUCUUUUGUCGUUUCUUUUGUACAUCAGAUAUAUGGAAUGGAUGCUUUAGGCAAACUAGACUAGAUUUACAAAGGAAUCUUGGGGUUAUCGCCUUUGAUGAUGGAUAUUAAUUAUUCCGGGAAAGGAGUGAUUUUAUAGCUUUAACCUCAGGUUAACUUUUGUUGUCUAGAAAUUUAGUUAAGUGGAGCUCUGCAUCUUGAUAUAUUACACUCAGGGUGGAACCUAAGCUGAGAAGUAACAAAUUCAUGUUCCAAGGGAUGACAAACAAGAGUAAUGUCAUCGAGCAGGCUAUUUGAGCUAAAAGUGCAAAUGUGAACAAAGUAUUGCUGAAACUUAAGAAUAUUUUAGCUGUGGAAAGGUUGUGUUAUUGGAAAAGUAUUACUCCAAUCUGUGUACUAAUGGAGGGUUUGGAAUCGCCUUCAAGCCACAUCAAAUAUGCCCCUUCUCGCAGGUUCUCUUCAAGCAUUUCCCUGAAAGAUUUGUGGUUGGCAUCAAGGCAUGGUUCUGUGGCUGAGGUGGAUGCAGCUCUGUUAGCACUAAAGAAGAAUGGUGGAAAUGUGGAUUUGCGGAAUGCUUCGGGAGUUACUCCUCUUCACAUUGCCAUAUGGAGGAAUCAUGUACCCAUAGUUAAGAGGUUACUGGCUGCAGGAGCUGAUCCUGAUGCAAGGGAUGGAGAGUCAGGAUGGAGCAGCCUGCACAGGGCACUCCAUUUUGGCCAUCUUGCUGUUGCAAGUGUUCUUAUACAGGCUGGUGCAUCUCCCACAGCAGAGGAUUCUAAAUGCCGUACCCCAGUUGACCUUCUCUCAGGGCCUGUUUCUCAAGUUGUUGGCAAUAAUCUUGGCUCAGUUGCAACUGAAGUCUAUAGCUGGGGAAGUGGGACAAACUAUCAGCUUGGAACUGGCAAUGCUCACAUUCAGAAACUCCCAGGAAAAGUAGACGCACUUCAUGAUUCCUAUAUUAAGAUAAUUGCUGCUUCGAAGUUUCAUAGUAUUGCCGUCGGUUCAAGUGGGGAGCUUUAUACUUGGGGAUUUGGUAGGGGCGGUAGGCUUGGACACCCAGAUUUUGAUGUUCACAGCGGACAAGCUGCUGUUAUUACUCCCCGCAUGGUGGCGUCAGGGUUGGGGUCUCGUCGAGUAAAGGCUGUCGCUGCAGCAAAACAUCAUACAGUUGUUGCAACUGAAAGUGGGGAAGUUUUCACUUGGGGAUCUAAUAGAGAGGGACAGCUGGGUUACACUUCAGUUGAUACUCAACCAACCCCGCGACGAGUGAGCUUUCUUAGGGUACGAAUAGUUGCUGUUGCUGCUGCCAACAAACAUACUGUAGCUGUUGCUGAAUCCGGUGAAGUUUUCACAUGGGGAAGCAACAAGGAAGGCCAGCUUGGUUAUGGCACAUCCAAUUCAGCAUCCAAUUACACACCUCGAAUGGUCGAGUACUUGAAAGGAAAAGCUUUCAAAGCAGUAUCAGCGGCGAAGUAUCAUACGGUAGUGCUAAGUUCUGAAGGGGAGGUAUUCACAUGGGGUCAUCGACAAGUCAACCCAAAACGUGUUAUUAUUGCCAGGAGCUUGAAGAAAUCUGGUACCGCACCACUUAAAUUCCAUCGGAUGGAACGGCUUCAUGUCGUUUCGGUUGCUGCUGGAAUGACUCAUAGCAGUGCUCUAACUGAAGAUGGUGCUCUAUUCUACUGGGAAUCUUCAGAUCCUGACCUGAGAUGCGAGCAGGUGCAUUUGCUGUGCGGGAGAAAUGUUGUCAGCAUUUCUUCGGGCAAGUACUGGACUGCUGCUGUUACAACAACAGGAGAUUUGUACAUGUGGGAUGGAAAGAAGUGUAAGAAUGGUGCUCCUGUCUUAACACGCUUGCCUGGUAUUAAGCAUGUUACAUCAGCAUGUGUUGGUGAAACACAUUUACUUGCUGUCUGUGCCCUUUAUCACCCUGCUUAUUUACCUGGAUUGGAGUCAAGUCAGCAGUGUUCGAUUUUAAAGGAUAAAGGUGAUAUAGAUGACUUAGAUGAAGAGCUUCUGUUUAGUGACAUACAGCCAGAUGUUUCUGAGCCAGUUUUGCUGAACAAAAUUGAAGUUUGUAAACCUGUACCAACUCUGAAGAGCCUCUGUGAGAAAGUUGCUGCGGACUAUCUUGUGGAACCAAGGAAUGCUAUACAACUUCUUGAGAUUGCUGAUUCUUUAGAAGCUGAAGAUCUAAGAAGAUAUUGCGAGGACUUGGUUAUCCGAAACUUAGACUACAUUUUCACUGUCUCAGCUCCAGCAAUUGGUAGUGCGUCUCUUGAAAUUCUGGUAAGGCUUGAAAAAUUGUUGGAUACGAGAUCCUCUGAGCUAUGGAGUUACCGCCGCCUUCCUACAUCAACUGCUACUUUCCCUGCUAUUAUCCACAGUGAAGAGGAUGGUGAUGAUGUGAUUGGUAAUCCCAUGCCUCGGGAUAAUAGAAACUUUACUCCAAAAUAUAAAGAUUUCAUUGGUGAAAGUUUUUUGCAAAGGAAGAGCGAUGCAGAUCAAGCUGUGUUAAAACAAGUGAGAGCUCUUCGCAAAAAAUUGCAGCAAAUAGAGAUGCUUGAAUCAAAGCACCACUGUGGUCAUGUUCUUGAUAAUCAACAAUUUGCUAAACUUCAAACCAGGUCCAUCCUAGAGGCUGCACUUGCUGAACUUGGUUUUCACUAUGAGUCCGAUCCUAAACCUUCUUCGUCAGGAUUGUCUGAAGGAAAGGGUAAUAAAAAAGCUAAUGCCUCCAAAAACCGAAGGCAUAAAAGCAUGCAGAAGGUAGCGCAGAUAGAAACUUCAUCUGUAAAUGAUGAAUUAUGUGAGGGAAAAGACUCGAUAAAGGGUUUCUCUGAUGAGAAAAGUAUCAUUUCUAAAGCAGGGGAAAGCACAACCGUUGAAUUAACUAGUGAAAGUAAGAUGGUUGGAAAUUGCUCUAUUAGCAGCCCAAAUGUCACUCAUAACUCCAGCAGCUAUAAGACUAUUUGGCCAACCUCAACCAAGAAAAAGAAUAAAAAAGGUGGCCUUUCAAUGUUUCUUAGCGGUGCUCUUGAUGAUGACACCCCAAAAAAUAUUCCACCUCCAACACCAAAAAGCGAGGGACCCGCCUGGGGUGGUGCUAAAUUUGCAAAAAGUUCCACCUCCCUCCGUGACAUUCAGAACGAGCAAAGCAAAACAAUAGAAGCAUGUAUAAAGCAGAAGGAAAAUCGUAAAAACUCAGUUGAGGUGAUGGCCAGACAGGUCAGGCAUAGUUCACUUCUAUCUGGGGAUUCCACUAGCCCAGUUGCUGUGAAGCCAACUCAAGCGGUGCCACCAUCCGAGGGAGAGAAGAGCACGCCCCCAUGGUCUUCAUCUGGAACUUCACCCAUCUACCGCCAAUCUUUGAGGAACAUUCAGAUGCAGCAGCAGGAAAAGAAGCAGCAAAGCAUUUUUCACAGCCCCAAAACCAACACUUCGGGCUUCUCUAUUGCUUCUCAUGGCUCACCGUCAGACCCAAACUGCUGGUUCAAGCCAGAAGCAGAAGCUCCAUCCUCCAUCCGAUCGAUACAAAUCGAGGAGAAAGCAAUGAAAGACUUGAAGCGCUUCUACAGCAGUGUGAGGUUAGUGAAAGCCCAACCUCAACCAUUGUGAUCUUUUGCCCUGAAUAGAUAGUAGGAACAUAUAACAUCCUGAUCAACAUAUAUUGUUCAGCUAAUGUAGAUUUGAAUGUACAGUUGACUGUUUAGUUUUAGUUCCUUUGUGUCUAUAUAUCUUUUCUUUUACUAGGAGGGAUUUCUUUGAUUGAAACUUAUGACCUUCUGGUAAAAAAAUAGAAGCAAUAGAACUAUUGCUUUUAACCUGUCCUUUGUAUUGAAUUUUUAGGAAGAUUUACAUACGUACCCUCCCAGUUCCUUUGUCUUUACAUAUUUAACAUACAU